AUGAAGGACGUGAAGCUGCUCCUGGAGAAGCUGCGCAUCAGCCGAGAAAGGGAGUUGGAGAGGGAGGUGCGAAUUCUUCUGGAGCUGAAGAAGCUGAGCGAUGGCACGAACAAGGCGGACGAGCAGGGCGCGGCGAACGGGGGGAGCGAUACGAACGGUGGGAGUGUUGCAAACUGUUCUAGCGGUGCAAACUGCCCAGACGGCUACCUCCACUACGUGCGGAAAAAACUCAACGGCGUGAGGAGGAAGACACUGUUUGAGCAGAGCUACUACCGAAACGCCCUCAACUGCUACGACCAUGCGGAGCACUACAGUAAGGUGCUGAAGAACACCCCGAAUCACCUCCAAGGGGGAAGCGAACCCGAAUGGAAAAAAGAAAUCAUACAGAGGGAGGAUCUCUUGACCUUUUUCCAUGCCUACUUGGUGAGGAAGUACUGUGAGCGUAACUUCCUCAAAUGCGUUCAUAACGAUUUCGUAAGAUCGAUUACGUACACCUCUUUGGAGAAAGACCUUUUCUUUAACUUUGUUUCUGCCAGUCGGUGUGUCCUUGCUAGAUGCUUGCAGAAGGUGGAGGUCCUCUCGGUGGAGACGCAAAAUGAGACCCUGGCGCAGCUGCUGAACCGGUGCAAAAAUGUCAUUCUGGGGGUGCAAAGAGAGUUGGCCGCUUUACAGGAGAGGGAUAAACAAAUUGCGAAGGAGCAGCUGGUGGUAGCCGAUGAGGAAACGAACGAUCUGUGUAGCAGCUUAGCGAAGUACUUCCCCUUUUUGGAUGAGCGCUUUGGGGAGAGCAGACACAACGCGCAUGUGAAGGAGCUCUACGGGGUGUAUGCCUUUGUUUACGUUUUUUCGAACGUUUUCUACGUCAGUUCGCUGGCGGUUGGCGGGGCCAAGGCGGGGAGGCUGAGCGGCGAGUUGAGCGGUGACGAGGUUGGAGAAACGAUUAACCACGUGAGCGACGACCUACACCGCGUCGCUUCGCACCGCUUCUCCUCGCACCGCCUCUCCGCGCACCACUUCUCCCUGUACCGAACGCUCAUCGAGCAGUUCGCCGGGGGGGACUUCAUGGAGCUGAACGAAACGAUGCUCUACUUCCUGUCGCGGGGGGGUAGCAGCAAUUCGGAUGACAUCCUCCACAAUUUAAACGCAUUGAGAAAGGCAACCUCCCUGCAGAGCGACUUCUUCGCUGCCAUGGGGGGGAAGCAAAUCGGGGGCCACUCACAGAAGAAGGACCAUACGAAUGACUGCACAGUUAACCAGAAGACGAACCACAUAGCGAGGGAGGAGCACCCCCCCCUGUCGCCCUGCAUCAAUCAUUUCUUCUACAUAGGCAUCGAUUUCGAUAAAACGAUCAUCAAGAAGGAUUCCUAUUCUGCGUUUUUUAAAAUUUUGGAGAAGCACUACUUCAAACAGAGCGUCCGGAGAGGAAAGGACACCCUCACAGAAGAGGACAUUUCCUUUUUCGACAGUUUCUCAUUAGAAAAAAUGAAAGACAAACCGGAGCCGACGAUACAGGAGAGGAUCGAGUACAUACACAAGCUGGGCCACUGGUUUGUCCGCAAAGAGUUAGAAAUAUUAGAGGAGCUAAAGAAGGACCAAGAGAGCAAAGCAGAAGCGUAUUCUAAAUCGUAUUACUAUUAUUUGAACCAAGUGGAUAGGGUGCAUGUGAAUUACUCUAUGCUACUCUCCUACUAUGAUGUGUUUAAGGACGUUGACGUGGAUGUGUUGAAUGGGCUAAUCAGUGAGCACUACGAGCGGUUCGAGCUGAACGACUAUUUCUUGGAGACCUUCCUGCAUCUGCUGAGUCAUAAGAUGAGCAACCGGGACUCCUUCUACUUUGACGUCAUCACGCUCAACUUGAAGAAGCAAAUAUGCCUCUACACGAUUCGGAACAGUUUGAUGCGGCUCCGCGACGGGGAGGAAGAGCAUCAGCCCAUAUCGGUGCAGCAGCCCCCAACACAUGAGCCGCUUCCCUUACCUGCGCCGCUCCCCGAGGACUACUACCGGACAUUUAAGAAGUACUUCCGCGUGUACUACUCCAAGACGCACACGUAUGACAAGCGCCUGCGCAAGUACACCGGCUCGUUCGAAUACAACCGAUUGAAGAUAAAGCACGAGGAGUAUCAGCCCAGGAGGGAUGGCAGUACCGGUGGAGGAGAGGACCCCCCCCAGGGGGUGAUUGAGAAGGUUUCCCUUUGCUCCUUCUACGACAAGACGGUGAUCAAAACGAGGGUGUGUUCGCUGCUGGGCCAAGUGAACCACAAGCUGUCCGCCUUCAUCGGGGACAGCCUCAUCGACCUGGACGCCAUGCUGCACUCGGACGUCGCCAUCCUGGUUGGCCACAACGAGCUGCUCAUCAGCUUUUGCCGGAAGCACAACAUCGUCAUCAAGCCCCUCGUGUGUGCAGCGGCGAAGAUUGAGCUCCUCGCGCGCAGCAGGGGGGCGAUUAGCAGCAACGGAGGCACUACCAACAAUGACGCGGCUAGCUGCAAUGGCGCCGCCACCCACGGGGCGGGCAACAAAUUCGCGCCCCUCACCGACCAGCGCGACGAGCAGCUCAACGACCUCUACGACGAGAGGGAAAAGGUCAUUUACUCCACGGAGAGCUGGCUGGAAAUCGGCAUCUUCUUCUUCGGCGACCUGUAG